AUAAAUUCAUCCCUCGGAGAUUACCCGGUGUAGUUUCUGGGGUUGGAAAGUGUCGGCAGAAGAGGAUCUGCGAGGGUUUGGCGUGUAGCGACCCGUGUCAGUAGAGGACAACUGGAGAUGCUGAAGAAUCCAUCCAAGGCGCUACUCGACAAAGGGAAUGAUCCCCCUCACAAGGCGACAAGGCAGCUCGAGGACGAAACCAGUCACCUCGCACCACAUCAGCAGCAUGCCCUCACGUGGGCGCACGUGGAGCCAGCGAGGACGAGGGCCUCCCACCAGGAAGGGGAGGCAGAAAGCCAGCCCAGGUUACCGGUGGCGAACCGGUUAACCAUCCCAAACGACCGCGUCCAGCAGAUGGAGGCAAAGCUGGAAAGGCUGGAAAAGAAGGUCGGGGAGAAGAAUGACCGGGACAAACCCCUGGCAGGGUCCCCGUUCACCACAAGGGUCCAUCUGACACCUUUCCCGCAAAAGGUCAAGAUCGACACCCCCAGAUUCACCGGGAAGGAAGAUCCGGAGAUCCACCUGGACUCCUUCAACCAGAGUGCGACCAUGAACGGUUGCACCGAUGGAGAAAAGUGCCUACUUUUCUUCCAGACCUUGCGGAACCGAGCCACUGAAUGGUUCAAUAAGCUUCGCCCGGGAAGCAUUGACUCGUUCAGUGAUUUGGCCUCAAAAUUCAAGGCCAAGUUCCAGGAGAAUUGUACUAAGAGGAAGAAGUUCACCUAUCUUAGUACAUCCAGGCAGAGGGAGUCUGAGAACCUCACUCAGUUCCUUACCCAGUGGAAGGAAGAGGUAGACAAGGUGGAAGAGAUGGACGACAAGACCGUCCUCUCCCUCCUCUUGAAUGGCUUGCGUGCUGGGGAACUAUACAAGGAGUUCUGCCGGAAACCCCCAGCCACGUACCAAGAGGCCUACCAUACUGCAUGGGAGUUUGCUGAAGCUGAAACCCAGCUCCGGGCAAAGAGAGAAGCUGAGCAUGGUCACAAGUCCAAGCCGGUGCAAGUCAAGAAGGAAGAAGCACCGGGACCUAGCCGGCUGAGGUACCACUAUGACCCGGUCAUCCGAGUGGUCAAUACAGAAGAAUGCCAGGAGGUCUGGAAAGCACCGGUCAUUCCUCCAGAAAACCCUACCGGUCAAGUAGGGUGGCAGUGGUCGGGCACCUAUUGUUCGUACCACAGGUCUGAUUCCCAUAACACCUCCGAAUGCAAGAGUGUUAAAGGGGUCAUCCGGCAGAUGAUCGACAGUGGAGAGCUGGGCAAAGAUUACUUGCAGAAAGCCCAGGAGAAGAGUCAUCAGUGGGUUAGGCCAACCGCCCCAGGGAAUGACCGGGACAAUGACCGGCGGAGGAAUAACCGGCCAAGAGAGCGGCAACCUGCCCCCGAAAAAGAACACAUCGGCAUGAUCUUCGGCGGACCCGAGGGUGGAGAUUCAGCCGCGCAGCGGAAGAACUGGGUCCGGAGCAUUUACGUGGGAGAAGUAAGUGCUGAACCGCCCAGGCGUAAACAUACUAAGAGGGAGCCAAUCGUCUUUACUGACCGGGAUCUCCCUCCUACCGGUGAAGAUCACAAUGAUCCAUUGGUCAUCACCAUGGACAUUAAUGGGGUAGAUGUCGCCCGGGUACUUGUUGACACCGGCAGCAGUGUCAACAUCUUAUACCUGGAGACCUUCCAAAAACUCAGAAGAGGAUCUGCGAGGGUUUGGCGUGUAGCGACCCGUGUCAGUAGAGGACAACUGGAGAUGCUGAAGAAUCCAUCCAAGGCGCUACUCGACAAAGGGAAUGAUCCCCCUCACAAGGCGACAAGGCAGCUCGAGGACGAAACCAGUCACCUCGCACCACAUCAGCAGCAUGCCCCCACGUGGGCGCACGUGGUCCUGUCCCCUUAGCCUAGUAUAAAUACUCAUGUAAACCUCACAAAGAGGGAUCCGAAUUCAUUCUCUCUAAAACUCCCUUGUAAAAGCACCCGUGCAUUCUCCGUUAUAAUAUGAAUUGGGCUACAGGUGUUCCACCUAAAGUCUUACCGGUCAAUUUGCGUGUUUUUACCUUUCUUACUUUGCCAAAUCGAGCGAACUAUUCUAGACCCGGUCUAGUAUAGUUUGACCGGUCAAGUAAUUUACACCAUCAAUGAUGACAUAAGAAAAUUGAUAAGAUUAAGCAGGGAAAGUGAAAAGAAAUGGGGGAAAUUUUG